CACCAGAUAUUUAUCUUCAAAAGAUUCGUCGCAACGUCUAUCUGAAGAAUUCAAUUAAUUUUACAAGAUUAAUUACAUGAAAUGUAAAAAAUUCAUCGUGAAGCGUAUCAAAGAAAUGAAUCAAAUCAAAUUAUCGUUUAUCUAUUAUAUAACCAUUUGAUUACUUAUUACAAUAUCUGUGGAAAGGUUCCAAAAAAUUUCCACCCUUGAUUAACAUUGUACAUAUAUAACCCGUCCCUCGCUUGAAUCUGUCAGGUCUGAAUAAAAACAGUAGGCGGCAGCUUAACUAAGUACUGUACUGGAAAAAUGAUGUACGUGAACAUUGCGGUAUGCCUAUCAAUAUUGCUUCUCGUUAUUGGCCUGUCGGUAGGACUCAACGUGAACAGCUUCAAAGGAAGUGACGCUCUCGACACGGCACCGCUGAUCGAUGGCCAUAACGAUUUGCCUUACAAUUUGUACUCACACUUGAACAACAAACUAGAAAAAUUAAACCUCGAGAAGAAUCUAACAGAGGAUAAAGUAUGGGGUAGAAAUGCGUGCAACUCUUGCUACACGGAUCUUCCCCGUAUGAGGCAAGGAAAACUGGGCGCACAGUUUUGGGCCGCGUACGUCGACUGCUCGUCGCAAUAUAAAGAUGCUGUAGAAUUAACUUUGAGACAGAUCGAUGUGAUCAAGAGGCUAGUUGCGAAAUACCCGAACGAUUUGCAGUUUGUCACCGAAGCUAAAGGUAUCCAAGAAGCAUGGAGAAACGGAAAAAUUGGCUCGAUGAUCGGUGUUGAAGGAGGUCAUUCCAUUGACUCCAAUUUGGCCAUUCUUCGACUUUACUAUGAGCUUGGCGUGCGUUAUCUUACGCUGACUCACUCGUGCAACACACCAUGGGCUGAUGCAUCGCCGGCGCUCGAUAACCCUGUUCGCAAUCUCACAGCAUUUGGUAGAGAAGUUAUUCGCGAAAUGAACCGAUUAGGAAUGUUAGUGGAUUUAUCACACGUAUCGCAUAAUGUUAUGAGGGAAGUACUCGCAAUAACGAACGCACCCAUUAUGUUCUCCCAUUCAUCUGCCUACAGCGUUUGCAGACACCACCGAAAUGUUCCUGACGAUGUUCUCCACACGGUUAAAAAAAACAACGGUGUUGUGAUGGUUAAUUUCUACUCUGGAUUCGUGAAUUGUAACUCAUCGAGGAAUGCAACAAUUCAGGAUGUUGUUGAUCACAUCAAUUACAUUCGUAAUCUUAUCGGAGCUGAUCACGUUGGUAUCGGAGCCGACUACGAUGGUGUUGAACAAAUGCCCGAAGGUUUGGAAGACGUAUCAAAAUAUCCGGAUUUGUUCGAUCGUCUCUACGAAAGUAACGUGGAACCAAAAUGGACGAGGGAGGAGCUCGGAAAACUUGCUAGUAGAAAUCUGAUCCGUGUAUUUGCCGAUGUAGAAGCAGUACGAGAUCAAUUGAAAUUGGUGCACCCAGUUGAAACUGUCAUAAGCGGACAAGAAAUUUACGAUGGUCAAGUAGAAAGUGGUCUGAAACCAGGCUCUUGCUACACUGCAAAAGAGUGGAAUGGGCUGAAUGUUACAUCGAGUGAUUCAGAACAAUAACACGAUAUUUAUUUAUUCAAGACGAGGUAACGCAAUACGAUAAUUUAACAAAUGAACAGUUUACCUAUUUUCUUACGUGAAAAUAAACUGUCUACCUGUACGUAAUAAAAGCAUAAAAUACUAUUAA